AUGGCGACGAUUGAAGAUAUAAAGGAAGCGGCGUUAAUCCCUUUCCAAAAGCACAGGCAACUUUCCAUACAUGAAGCAGAGGUAAUAACUCUAGAGAUCAUCGGUCUACUGUGUGAUUCAGAGUGUAAGGAUGAGGAAACAUUGAAGUAUUUGAGUCGAUUUCUCACUCCCGAUAUGUAUCAAGACCUCGUGGACGAGAGGAAUCUAAACAAAAGGUGCGGAUAUCCCCUUUGUGGGACAGCACCAGAACGGAUACGUGAUCCCUUUUCAAUGAAUGACACUACCAAGAAGUUUUUAUUGGAAAAUAACCCAUAUGCAUAUUUAUCACACUAUUGUAGCAAAUUUCACUUUAGAUGCUCCCAGUUUUACCAAGUACAGCUAUCAGAUGAAGCAUUAUUUGCCCGUACGGGGAUUCAUUUGUUUGAAGACCCCGAACAGGACAAGCAUGAUGUAGAUUUCAAAAUAACCUUGUUUGAGGAGUUAUUAAGGGAAAAGGCAUCUGAAGAUGACAUCAAAUCGUUGAUAUCAGGUCUAAAAAAAUUAGGGUUGAAUCCUGAUGAUGAUAAUACAGAUAAAAGCGAUGCAGAAUUAGAAGACGAUCUAUCAAAAUGGUUAGCCCAAAUUAAGAUUGUUGAAAAUGAUAAUCCAAGCGUUUUAGGCGAUUUCACCAGGGAGGAAUGA